UAUUACUACAAUGGCCACAGCUCAGCUCUCUCAUUCUAUCAGAACUCACAAGACAACUCAGGAAACAGUUUUCCCAUCCCAAAUUACUAAUGAGCAUGAGUCAUUGAUACUGGUGAAGAAACUUUUUUCUAUUUCUAUCUCAUGUAUAACAUAUUUAAGGGGACUAUUUCCAGAGAGCUCUUAUGGAGAACAAUAUUUGGAUGACCUCAGUUUAAAAAUCCUACAAGAAGAUAAAAAAUUUCCUGGGUCACUGCAUAUUAUCAAAUGGAUUCACGGUUGUUUUGAUGCUUUGGAAAAGAGAUACCUACACAUGGCAAUACUUACACUUUACACGAAUCCCAAGGAACCUGAGAAAGUGACUGAGAUAUACCAGUUCAAAUUCAAAUACACAAAAAAAGGAGCCACUAUGGAUAUUGACAGCAGUAAUACAAGCUUCAAAAGUGCAAUGAACAGUAAAGAUAUUAAGAAAGCGAGUGCUUUACUGAUCCGUAAAUUGUAUAUACUGAUGCAGAACCUCGGACCCCUUCCUAAUGAAGUUAUACUUACUAUGAAACUCCAUUACUAUAAUGCAGUGACCCCACAUGAUUACCAGCCCCCUGGUUUUAAGGAAGCGGUAAACUCACGCUUCCUGCUGUUCGAUGGGGAGCCCGUGACCCUGCCAGUAGGAAUUGUCCCAACUGGCUUUCAUAGUAUGAAAGUAAAAGUCACAACUGAGAUCACCAGAGUGUCUGAUUUGGAGAACAAGCUCAUUCAGGAGAACAACACUACUGAGAUUGCCCAUCAGGGUCUAGACUGCGAUGAGGAAGAAGAGGAAUGCGACAAUCAGAUUCAAAGAAUGAAUUUAGCAUGCAGUCAGCAAAGUUCUGAGAGCUCCAGGAAGAAGAGGAAGGUCGACAAACCAGUAAAAGUCUUCACCCCGACAGAAAAUGAAAGUUAAAUGCCUUUGCUACAGUUAUUCUAAAAGAAUUCUGUUUUGCAGUAAACAUUCAUGAAGUGUCUUAGAAGGAAAGUUAAGUUCCUAUCUUUUUUUAAAUUUGUUGCUCAACUUUUUUUAGAUGGUUAACUAAGUGCUAAAUUAUUGGGUAGUACACGGGUUCACUUUGCCACAAGGAAACAAGGUCACCAGGGCUGCCUUGGGAUAGCAUUACUUCAGGGCUAAGUUAGAGAGGAGACACCCUUCGUAUUUAUCAAAGAACCACAGGAGCUAUUUUGAAAAGAAGUAAGCUGUUGUUCUCAAAGGAAAGAGGGUUUUCUUUGCAUAAUUAAACUCCCCAGGUAUUUAGACUACUGUGAAAUGUUUUAACUUGUUGUAACCUGUGUAUUGGAAUCACUCUAUAGCUUUAUUAGAAUUCCCACAGAAUUGCAAAGGAUGUGUGUGGUGGUGCUUAUCCAGGUAUGAUUUUUGUGUUAACUUCAAUCACGAGCAAGAUCAGCUAAGUGUUGGACCAAAAUGUACUCUCCAUGUCAAGUUCCUCAUAUCUGGCCCUGGCCCUGUUCUUCUGGACGACCCAACGCGGGGAAAUAGGCUGCAAUGCAGGAGCCUGGCUCCCUUCUUAGAGCCCAUUUUGAAUGCAUCCCAACAGGCACUUCAGUUUGCACCUCAGUCUGUUACUUGCAUAUGAUGUUACUAGUUCCCUUCUUAUUCUGGAAGACUUUUGAUAGACUUAAUGAUUAGUAUUGAAUGCAUUAUAAAUAACUUAAAUUGUUAUUUUCA